GGGUGAGACGGCGCUAGGACCCAGGGGGACGCGAGGCGGCGGGGCUCUCGGAGCCAGAUUGCAAAUUCUCGUCGGUGACUCAGUCGGCUCCUCCGCGCAGCGCAUAGUAGGCGGCAGCGGCAGCGGCAGCAGCGGCCGGGGCUGAGAAAAGGGAGCAGCAGAGCGCCAAGAUGGAGUACGAGUGGAAGCCCGACGAGCAGGGGCUCCAGCAGAUCCUGCAGCUGCUCAAGGAGUCGCAGUCCCCGGACACCACCACGCAGAGAGCCGUGCAACAAAAACUGGAACAACUCAAUCAAUAUCCAGAUUUCAACAACUACCUGAUAUUUGUUCUUACAAAAUUAAAAUCUGAAGAUGAACCUACGCGAUCACUGAGUGGUCUCAUUUUGAAGAAUAAUGUGAAAGCCCACUUUCACAAUUUUCCUAAUGGAGUAACUGACUUCAUUAAAAGCGAGUGCUUAAACAAUAUUGGCGACUCCUCCCCAUUAAUCAGAGCCACUGUAGGUAUCCUGAUUACAACCAUUGCAUCAAAAGGAGAAUUGCAGAAUUGGCCUGAACUAUUACCAAAGCUUUGUAGCCUGCUAGAUUCUGAAGACUACAAUACCUGUGAGGGUGCAUUUGGAGCUCUUCAGAAGAUCUGUGAAGAUUCUGCUGAAAUCUUAGAUAGUGAUGUAUUAGAUCGACCGCUUAAUAUCAUGAUUCCUAAAUUCUUACAAUUCUUCAAGCACAGCAGUCCAAAAAUAAGGUCCCAUGCAGUUGCAUGUGUCAAUCAAUUUAUCAUCAGUAGGACUCAAGCCCUUAUGUUACACAUUGAUGCAUUUAUUGAGAAUCUGUUUGCAUUGGCUGGUGAUGAGGAGCCUGAAGUACGUAAAAAUGUGUGUCGAGCUCUGGUGAUGCUGCUGGAAGUUCGAAUGGACCGCUUACUUCCUCACAUGAUUAGUAUUGUUGAGUAUAUGCUACAGAGGACUCAGGACCAAGAUGAAAAUGUAGCUUUGGAGGCUUGUGAGUUUUGGCUCACUUUGGCUGAACAGCCAAUUUGUAAAGAUGUACUAUGUCGGCAUCUUACCAAGUUGAUACCUGUUUUAGUAAAUGGCAUGAAAUACUCAGAAAUAGAUAUCAUUCUGCUGAAGGGAGAUGUUGAAGAAGAUGAAGCCAUCCCAGAUAGUGAACAAGACAUAAGGCCCCGGUUUCACCGUUCUCGGACAGUAGCUCAGCAGCAUGAAGAAGAUGGUAUUGAAGAUGAUGACGACGAUGAAGAUGAGCUUGAUGAUGAUGAUACUAUUUCUGACUGGAAUUUAAGGAAGUGUUCUGCUGCUGCCCUUGAUGUCCUUGCCAAUGUAUUCCGUGAUGAACUGCUGCCACACAUUUUGCCCCUUCUGAAAGAAUUGCUUUUUCAUCCAGAGUGGGUAGUCAAAGAAUCAGGCAUUCUAGUUCUAGGAGCAAUUGCUGAAGGUUGCAUGCAGGGUAUGAUUCCAUAUCUUCCCGAGCUAAUCCCUCACCUUAUUCAGUGCCUCUCGGAUAAAAAGGCUCUUGUGCGCUCCAUUACUUGCUGGACUCUUAGCCGCUAUGCACAUUGGGUAGUCAGUCAACCCCCAGACACGUACUUGAAGCCAUUAAUGACUGAGUUGCUAAAACGUAUCCUUGAUAGCAACAAACGAGUACAAGAAGCUGCCUGCAGUGCCUUUGCUACUCUAGAAGAGGAGGCUUGUACAGAACUUGUUCCUUACCUUGCUUAUAUACUUGAUACUCUGGUCUUCGCAUUUAGUAAAUACCAGCAUAAGAAUCUGCUCAUUCUUUAUGAUGCCAUAGGAACUUUAGCAGAUUCUGUAGGCCAUCAUCUAAAUAAACCAGAAUAUAUUCAGAUGCUAAUGCCUCCACUAAUCCAGAAAUGGAACAUGCUAAAGGAUGAAGAUAAAGAUCUUUUCCCUUUAUUAGAGUGCCUAUCUUCGGUUGCCACUGCCUUGCAAUCUGGCUUCCUUCCAUACUGUGAACCUGUGUACCAGCGCUGUGUAAAUCUGGUACAGAAGACUCUUGCACAAGCCAUGUUACACAAUGCUCAACCUGACCAGUAUGAGGCUCCAGAUAAAGAUUUCAUGAUUGUGGCUCUUGAUUUACUUAGUGGUUUAGCUGAAGGACUUGGUGGAAACAUUGAACAGCUAGUGGCUCGGAGCAAUAUCCUGACACUAAUGUACCAAUGCAUGCAGGAUAAAAUGCCUGAGGUACGACAGAGUUCUUUUGCCUUGCUAGGUGAUCUGACAAAGGCAUGUUUUCAACAUGUGAAGCCUUGCAUUGCUGAUUUCAUGCCAAUUUUGGGAACCAACCUAAACCCAGAAUUCAUUUCUGUGUGUAACAAUGCCACAUGGGCAAUUGGAGAAAUUUCUAUUCAGAUGGGUAUAGAGAUGCAGCCUUAUAUUCCUAUGGUCUUGCACCAGCUUGUAGAAAUCAUUAACAGACCCAACACACCAAAGACUUUGUUAGAAAAUACAGCAAUAACAAUUGGUCGUCUUGGUUACGUUUGUCCUCAAGAGGUGGCCCCCAUGCUACAGCAGUUUAUAAGACCCUGGUGCACCUCUCUCCGAAACAUAAGGGACAAUGAAGAAAAAGAUUCAGCAUUCCGAGGAAUAUGUACCAUGAUCACUGUCAAUCCUAGUGGGGUAGUCCAAGACUUUAUAUUUUUUUGUGAUGCUGUUGCAUCAUGGAUUAGUCCAAAAGAUGAUCUCCGAGACAUGUUCUGUAAGAUCCUUCAUGGAUUUAAAAAUCAAGUUGGAGAUGAAAAUUGGAGGCGUUUCUCUGACCAGUUUCCUGUUCCCUUAAAAGAGCGCCUUGCAGCUUACUAUGGAGUUUAACCUCAUGUGUACAAGCUAUAGUACCAUAAUUAGGGGUCCUUCAGCCUGGAAGACUGGGAGGGAGCCUCUGUACCCAGGGAAAAAAAAUGUUACCCUUUACUGGGGGGAAGGGUAAACCAGUAGGGAAUACAGUACAAUCCUAAGCCUACUGGGAGGGGCGGGAGGGAGGUGUUGCCGUCACUGUAUUAAGCCGAUGUUGGGAAAUGUUUUAACAUCUGGAGCUUUUGUGGGUGGAAAUCUGUCUCCUGUUACAACUCUGCACUGGAUGUGAAGAAGCGCAAAAAAAGAGAAAAUCACAAAACAGCACAUUCUGCAAUAUUAUGGGGAACUGUUCCAAAAUUAAAAAUAUAGAAUUGAACCAUAGGGGUAUGUAAAGAGGAAAUAUAUGGUGUUCACACGAUAAAGGAAACCGAAGAGUGGGGAUUGCAGGCAAUAAAAGGUGUCGUAAUAAGGGGUUUCUGCAUAGUUUCAUCUUGAUGAGAUUCCUAGAUUGCAUGUUAAUGAAGAACUAAACAAAUGAAGUUAGUACAGAUACAGUGAAGCUUGCUGCCUGUACUAGGAGUAAGCAGUUGCAGUGUACAAAUUUAAGUAACCCCAUAAUAAAGUAAUAAAGGUUAACUUGAACAAAAUGAAGCAACCUGCAAGAUGCCAAAUGAGUCACUCCUUUUCAUUUUUUUGGGUGGGGGGAGGGACAUUUCAGAAGAAAGGUGAAUCUUUUAAUUUUACAUUGAAACUUUAAAGGUAGUGGAUAUGAUUUGAUGGUUGUAUUUCAUUAGAUUUAUUUUCUAGAGUAAGGCAUAAUUCUUAAUGUGCGGUAUAAGGUUCAGGCAUGCAUUUUGGAUCAUAGUGAUCAAGUGUAUUUUUAGUGGGAAAGUAGCAUGCUUGCAUCAGAGAGAGAGAGUGGUAUACAUUUACUUUUGUUGCGCCAGUUUUGUGUUGCAGUUUACCAAUUCAGUAUAGCCCUGCAUUUAAAAUUCCUUUUAAGAUUCUGUGGAUUUUAUUUUUAUUAAGAAUAUAGGUAUAAAAUACAGUAGUUACAAUUAGGCCUUUAAAUAUCUUUUUAGGAACUGUUAGGAAUAAGAUUGAUAUUGUAUUGUGUAACCUGCACAACGUGGAAAGCUGAUAUAGCUGUGCAAAGUAUUGCCUCUGUGCUGUCAGUGUGAUGUGCUUUCUGCAUGGUUAUACUACUAGUGAUUUUUAUCAAAACUUCUAAAAAUGAGUUAAAUGGUAAGACCAGUUAAAGGCUACAUAAAUGUUAGUUGGCACGUAAAAACAAUUGUAGAAAAUUGAUGACAUGAUUGCUACAUUUCAGUGUUUAUUCCCACCCAACAUAUUAUCUUCUAGAAUUCUUUUUUUCUUCUUCCCCACAAAGCAUGAUCUUAAGAAAUGCAUAAGUUAAUGGAUGUAAAGCAGGGUAUCUACACUGUAUCGGCGCAUGUUGGUGGCCCUUUGUGUUCUAAGAGAGUGCACAAGGGUGCAAGUUAAAAGCUACAGAGUGAAAGUUGGUUUGGAUCCUCUUCAUUUCAUUUGUUUAGCUUUUCUGUUCCCCCCUCCCCUCUACUCACUUGUAUUCCUGUGAAUAAAUCCUUGUUAAGUUAACCCUUUACUUUUCUUUCCAUGUGUAUUUUCUUAUGUACUGUGAAUGUGAAAACCUAACUGGUACACUUGAUCUUGUGUUACUAUAAAAGUGGAAGUUGUGAUUAAUUUAGAUUGCCUAAAGAGUAUCCCAUGAUGAUAAAGGAAAAUGGAGAGAAAAUAACUCUGCUGGUCAGAGGUGAAGCCACACCUUUCCAUUUUCCCUUAAGUGCUGCAAAAUUAAUCUGUGCAAAAAAAAGAAAGAAAGAAAAAAAGCCAUAACAGCCGCCUUAUAUUUUAGCUUCUCAUCUUUGCAUUGCAAAAAACAAAUACUGGAUAACAAUUUUUGUAAGGACUGACUUUGCAUGAUUUGAUUCCUUUUUAAGGUUGUUGAAUGAUUUAGUCAUUGCACUAAAGUUCAAGCUUGUGUGAGUGUGAAUUUAUGAAAUCUGACUUUUAAUUUUUUGUUUAAUGCAUGGGAGCAUGCACAAAUCUUAUACAUUCCUAUUUUUUCACUUUGCAAAUUUGAGUGGGUUAAACAUGCUAGAAAAUGACAUGUCCUAUAUAAUUUCAACAGAUUGAAAUUAAUGCUUCUAUACAAUGAAUUCCACUGGAACAAAACUGCAUGUAGUGAUCCACCUUCAAAUUAACAUGCUGUGUCAGAAGCCAUAACCUUUUCUUUUUUUUGGAGGGGGGGAGGGCUAAAAACGUAUAGUUGCAGCUAUUUACAUCAAAGAAAUGGAUAUAAAUUCCCAAGAAGUAAAUCCCAAAAUUAGUGAGGGUGGAACUUGCCUUAGACAAGGGUUUAUGUUAAUUUCUCUGUAAUAAGAGUUUAAGUCCAGGUUUUCUAUGUGGAGUUCUUCAAAAGAUAAAGCCUUUUAUUUGUUUUGGCUCUUGUGAAGUUGAACUAUUAAGUUAAGUUGCAAGUAAUGUUAAAUAUUAGCACACAAUAGCCACUUGCUAUAUAUAUAAUUUUAUUAUAUAGGUUAGAGGGAUGUGACUGUUCUACUGUGACUUAAGCUGAUCAGGCAGGAAAGUAAUGAACAAGAAAGCAAUAUUACAGUUAAGAUGAUAAUACUUGUUAAUAAGUUCAUGCUUCAUAGCAGACAAAACCAUAUUCAUACAGUUUAAAAUAUAGUACUUGCAGAAACCACUUGGGUUAGAAGUUGAGGCAAGGAGAGCUAUGAUACAACACUAACAGUUGUAAACAAAGUAUAUUGCAUCAUGGGAUAUAUAAAGCAUCUUAAUUCUUUUCGUGUAGUCUUGACAGUUUUUGAAUGUUGAUUGAAUGUUGAUACUGGUAGAAUUGUGAGUUUGUCUUUGUUACAUUCCAGUGUUCUCUGCCUCUUGGCAUGCUAUAAGCACGGCUUACUAAAUCUGCUCCUUACACAGUGAAAAAGUGCUUAGUGUGCUAAACUACAGAAAUAGCCGCUGCUAAGUGAUGUAGAUUUUCUACUUGAAUAUUUUUGUUGUAGGAACCUCAGGAGGUUGGUGUUUACUGUUUUUAUAAAUGCCUUUGUUUUCAUGUCCAAGGCCCCUUGCUUUUGAAGGAUUCUAACAGUGAACAAAGCUGCUGAUCAACCUAAGUUGGUAACAGAAAGUGUAUUUUAAAACAUUUUGAAUGCAUCUCUUUUGCAGUUAAACUUGUCUAAUACAGUAGGGUUUUUUUAGUAGCACAGUUUUUGACUAUUAAGGAAAAAGUCUCCUUUACAGUCUUUAAUUUCUUUACAUGUAAGAAGAAUGAAUAAAUUUUGUAAGUUUUUUAGCUUGAUUUAUUUUCUAAAUUGUUGUGCAGACAUCCGUUGCUAUAAGAUCUAGAUUCUAAUGCUUUGCACCCUGAUGCUUAAACAUGUUUACUUGGAAGUAAGUUGUGUCCAUUUCAGGGGACCUGCUUCCAAGUAAGCAAGCUGAGGCUUGCAGCCUUGGUGUCUUGCCACCUAGAGGGUGCCAUAGUGGCAGUAUGCAUAGAAUAAUGUGUUUAAAAUACAUAGUCAAUAGGAUUUUUUAAAAAAAACAUAAAGUAAUUUUAGUUUUGUAAUAAACACUAUUGAUACACUGUGAUAACUCUGAAUUUUUCUUUAGCAUUGGCAUGAAAUACUUAAGCUACAUAAAUACUGUGUAAUUAGAUUUAUACUACUUGUAAGAGGAUUUCCAAAGUUGAAACGUCUGUUGCUAUUUGGAUUAAAAAAAAUAUUCAUACUAGUUUUAUCUCAGGUAAAUACUCUUGUACCCUUUCUGUUCAGAUAGAGGCUUCUAAUAUGUCUUAAGUGUACCAGUUUGUCUUUCAUAUAGGAACUGCCUAAUGUCUUAAACUCUCAUAUCUAAAUUAACUUACUGUGGGACAGCAAUGACUUUGCUUCAAAAUAAGUCACCUAUUUUAUUCAUAUUGAAUGUAUUAACAAAAAUGUAUAAACAUUCUUCUUAAGAGAAGAAUGCAUUUGUGCAUAAUAGCACCUAAAAUUACCAUAAAGAGUGCUUUAUAUUGUGCAGUACAAAGUUUUUUGUUCUUGAUUUUAAAAAAACAAUUAUGACUCAGCGUAAAUACUUCUGAUAUAUUUUCAUGUAGAAAUGCCUAGACUUUUUAGGGUAGUAUAUGUAGAGCCUAAAUUCUUAAUGUAGUCUUAGGCAGUUAACUUUAAUGGAGAUCAGACACUCUGUUGCUGUAAGCUACUGAAUACCAUACAGUAAUAUCAUCAGAUACUGUUGAUUUUUGCAUAUGAAUUUCAGUGUACUGUGUAUGCAUUGGGCUGUCUGAGAUUCUUAAUCUUGAGACGGAAAGAUAAAAAAUUCUAUACAUUUUAAUGCAGUUCUGCUGCACUCAAAUUUCAGAUACUCUGCUGUUCAAAAAGAUGUCAUUGCCAGACCUCACUCUCUUUUGUAUUUGUCAGAGCAAAUUGGUGAUGAGCUGCCCUGAUUGAAACUUUAGUUAAGUCAUACAUUGUAGAUUUUCAUCAGUAAGAGACUGAGCUAAUACAAUGCACGAUACUAGAUCUGUGUUCAUGACAGGCAAAUCUUAUUAAAGUAAACCUUCACACACACACUUUGUGUGUGUGUUUUGCUGGACAGUCUCCCCACCCCCAUGUCAGUUCACGUAAGGAUGGAGUUCUCUUCCGAGCGUGCAGCAAAACUAGAAUCUCCAAGAAAAUUUUUUAAGGGCACUUGAUUUUGUUUUCCAAAACUAUAAAAGCACUCUCUUUCUACUCCCCAUCCCCCAAAUAUAUAAUCAAGAGUUCUUCUCCCCAUUAACCCUUAUCUGUCCUAAAAUUAACUGUUAGAGUUGGAUGCACUAACAAUAGCUGAAGUAGCAAACUGGCCAGAUCUUUCUGCUGACAACUUAGGUUGUAUGAGUUUUGCCUGAAAGCUUUAAAUUGGAUGUGUUUUCUGUACAUGUUAGAAUAUUCCCUUCGAACAUAUCCUUCUGCAACCUCUCAAGCUGUGUUAAAUUGAUUUUUCUUGUCUGCCUCUGCUAACACAACUUCAUUUUAAAUAGAAUGUGGUUUUGAUUUUUGAUAAGCUGCUGAAUUCUAACGAGUUUUUUGGGGCCACCAAAUAUUUUGGAUCAUGCAGAGAAUAUAUAUUGUAAUGUAGUAAUUUUGUAUUUACAUUUGUAUGAUGUGACAAUAGAUGUGAAUGUUAAUCACUGCUUGACUAUGUUAAUAAAAUUUUGUUUAAAUAUA